GGUGGCUAAAGCGACGUGUCCUUGUCCCCCGUGGGCAGGCUCUGCGCGUGCAGCCGCGGAUCCCCAGGGCCACUCACCUCUUGGGACAACCAUUGCAGAACCAUGAAGACCAAGAACCGGCCCCCGCGGCGCCGGGCACCGCUGCAGGACACAGAGGCCACUCCUGAAGAGAGGACUCCUGAGAGGUCUCAGGCAGGCUCAGGGCCAGAGCUGACCAAGGGUCUGAGGAACAGGGCGGCCAAGGCAGCAGGGGCACGGGCUGAGGUGGCAGGGCGGCGGCGACAAGGACCGGGUGGCCGGCGUGACAACAGCAUCCAGCGGCGGCUGGAGAGCAAUGAGCGGGAGCGCCAGAGGAUGCACAAGCUCAACAAUGCCUUCCAGGCCCUGCGUGAGGUCAUCCCGCACGUGCGGGCUGACAAGAAGCUCUCCAAGAUCGAGACGCUCACACUGGCCAAGAACUAUAUCAAAUCGCUGACCGCCACCAUCCUCACCAUGUCUAGCGGCUGCCUGCCUGACCCGGCAUCCGGCCCGAAACUUUACCAACACUAUCAGCAGGCCACUGGGGGCGCGCUCGGAGACACUGAGGCACAGCCGCAGGGCCAUCUGCAGCGAUACUCCACGCAGAUCCACAGCUUCAGAGAGGGCAGUUAGCGCCAGGCCCCGUGGGAGGGUGGCAGGGGUGGCUUGCCCUGUCCACCCCAGCCCUCGCCCCCUACUUCUCCAGGCUGUAGCCCCGGGAGUGCCAUUUACCCUGACCACUCAGCCUGGAAGACCUUCUCCUGGCCACCCAGGGGCCAGGCCAGGAAUCUGGUGAAGGCAGCUCAAGGCCCUGAACUCAACUCUGGAGCAAAUACCAGGCCCUGUUGUCACUGCAUGAAGCCUGGACAGGUGGGAGAGACCCUCGCCUGCCUAACUAAAUUCUCUCCACUUGGGCUGACAAUGGGACACCCGAAGGGAAGAUUAUUUGUGAAUUUCCUGUUGUGGUGAGGCCCGCAUCAUAGCCCUGGGAUCAGAUUUCACAUCUGGGGUAAACUGAGGCUUGAAGUGAGCAGGGCAAAGCUAACCCCAAUUAGAUAACCUGAGGUUCUUUCCAAAAGAUAUCUGGGGGUGGCCAGGCACCCCCCCACACACACAGUGGGUGUGUUAGAGAAGGUUGGCAGUGUACCUGGCCACAGAGGGCCUGCAUGCCCUGGCAUAGGAGCACCCUGGAGAUGGGACUGGAAACAAAGUGAAGUGUCCCUGGGGAGACAUUUCCCCAUGCAAGAAGAGGGUUGGAUUUGUCCCUGGCCUGGCACAGGCUCCCACCCUGGCGAGGCUCAGACGUGAGGAGCCUUGGCACAGGGCGGUCUGAUGGGACUGUUCUUGGCCCUGUUUGAGUUGGAGGCCUUCGGCACUUCCUGGCAGGUGGAACCUGGGAUUGGCAGGAACUGAACUCCCCCACCUGGUGCUGCUCCAAAAUGCCAGGGAGCCAGGGGCUUGGCAGGCCCCCACCGCCUUGGCCCCAGCUUCCUCCUGGCGGGUCCUUCCCGUCCCACUGGUUCUGCUGGACUCAGCCACUUUGCUGUCAAUGCUUGCUGCCAUCUCCCUGCGCCUGUUGUUCUGCCUGGAGCUGUCCCAGAGUUCCCAGGGGCCGGUCCCUUCCUGAGGUGUUUGGGGUGAGGGCCUAGCUAAGCCAGGAAAAUAGUUGCCAGUGCAGAGUUCUCCUCUCCAGCCCCCAA